GGCUCGAACCGCCAGAAACACAGAACACAUACUCGACUAUCCUCGACAUCUCGAAAAAACCAGCUCGAUCAUGACCCAUCCUCUCUACGAUGUGGGCAGGAUGUGCCUCUUCUUCAUCCCAUCCCUCUUCUGUCCCUUGACCUUCUUCUCCGACGCUCCAUUCGGAAGGUUCGCGAGGUCGGGCAACAGUAUCUUCAUCCUCGACGGCAUCAAAGUCUGGAUCGUCAUGGAACUCGUCGCACCCACCGCUCUCCUCUACUCCCUCAUAUACCGCCCACUCUCCGCGGGCGAGUCGUCCCUCCCCCUCUCCGGUCCCCAGCUCCUUGUUGUCUCCCUAUUCCUCGUCCACUACUUCCACCGCGCCAUCAUCUCCCCGUUACGCACACCCUCGCGCUCCAAGUCGCACGCGGGCAUCCUGCUCUCGGGAUCGUCUUUCAACUCGUUCAACGGCACGUUACUUGGAACGUACCUCUCAUCCGACUUUGCACACGCCUAUCUCAAGGAUGCGUUCUCCCGCCCGUCGUUCUGGGUGGGCGUCGCCGUGUGGGCGCUCGGAUUCUGGUACAACAUCGUGCACGACGAGGUGCUGCUUGACCUCCGCCGUCACGCGCAGGCGAAGGGCAAGGCGAAGAAGGGUGCACUCGAUGCGGAGAACAAGGACUACUACGCGAUCCCGCACGGAUACCUGUACAGGUGGAUAUCGUACCCGAACUAUCUGUGCGAGUGGAUCGAGUGGAUCGGCUGGGCGGCUGCUGGCGCGCCGUUGCCUGAAUUUUCAUCGUUCGGUUCGGUUCUGCGCACCAUCCUGCCGCCGUGGAUCAUGGUAUGGGGUGCGGUUGUGUUGAUGUUGCCGCGUGCGUACCGUGGGCAUGUGUGGUACCAUGAGAAGUUCCCCGAGUACCCAAAGGAUCGCAAGGCUGUUAUUCCUUACAUUUACUAGUAUUGCUUCGCUGGAGCAAUCUGUCUUUUUUAUUCACUCAACAGGAGGCGGUGAUGCUUAGGAGGUUCACUUACUCAUUCUGAUGUCUGGGUUAUGUCCGGAUUUCGCUUGCUUUGCUUUCUCUUUUGCGGUAGAUCUGCAUUUUACUGAAGGAUUGCUUUAUUCUUAUAUCGGCUACUUUGUACUAGUAGCCGAGUAUAAGGAUAUGCAUGGCUCGUGGAAUCCCUACGCAAUUUCCCUUCGAGUACCCCGGACUUGCCCCGGACUCGCACAGGCAUGCUUCACCUUGGCUUGAACGUCAUCAGCGUCGCAGCGCUGAGAGACAUUCAAAUUUCUGUCAACUUUUUUUGUUCAGUAAUCAUGUGUUGUCAUAUUAUAUACGAUCUAGUAGGC